CUUAAUCCUCUCGUUAACCAUAAAGUUCAUCAGAACUCCAAUCAAAUUCAAAAACUAGAUCGAUUGAUCAAAAUCUUGAACUGUACAAUGCAAAGAUCAAAUCAAUGAAACUAUACAUUUCAAGAAAUUCAAUGGAGGUAAGUAUACUACAAGGAGGUUUAUGCAAUUUAUCAGAAGUUGUACACUUGUCAAUUUCAUGUUUUUAACUAUUCAAACAAGAAUCCAACCAACUUUCUUACGGCACUCAUCACUUGAUCACAUCCUCUUUUUUAUAUCUCUCCUCUUUCUCUCUCUCAUCGAUUCGAUCACAGCACUGAUAUGGCAAGCCUGUGGCGGGCGGCGAUGGGCUCGGCCCAAUCAAGUGAAAACUACGAUGGAGUUGAGUUCUGGGUCAACCCGGAACGGUGCGGUUGGCUGAUGAAGCAAGGCGAGUACAUCAAGACUUGGCGACGCCGCUGGUUCGUGUUGAAACAGGGGAAGCUCUUCUGGUUUAAGGAAUCCGACGUCAAUCGCGAUUCCAAGCCACGUGGGGUGAUCCCGGUGGCCAAUUGCCUCACAGUUAAGGGCGCCGAGGACGUACUAAAUCGGCAAUUUGCUUUUGAAUUGUCCACUAGGUCAGAGACCAUGUACUUUAUAGCAGAUUCGGAGAAGGAAAAGGAGGAUUGGAUUAACUCAAUUGGGCGUUCUAUUGUGCAGCACUCCAGAUCGGUCACUGAUAAUGAGAUUCUCGAUUAUGAUAGCCGGAAAUGCUGA